UUUUUCGGCGACGCUAGAACGAACAAAAAUUUACCGUUUCCUUGUAGUACUUGUAGUGAGAAGACUGUGAAGUUAAUUUCAUUCCUUGCAUUGCAGUGGUUUUCGUUAUUAUUUUGCUUGGUGAAUAUUUAUUUCUGAGGAGUUUCUUUUUAUUAUUAAAAAAAAUUCCACAAAAGGAAUGUGUGAAGAAGUGUUACUUUUAAGUGAAUUUAAAUUUUACUCAAGCUGCGCUUAAUAUGAAUGAAAAUACAAUCGCCGUUCUUGAUGCUGAAACAGGUCAUUUUGUUAUCAGGAAUCAAUGCCACGAACCUGAAACACAACAGAAUGGAAACGUAAUUUUGGAUGAAAAAACAGGACAUUUUCUCUCAGUGGACUCUGAUAACUCUGGCUUUUUCUCAGAAUUCGACUUUUCCGCAAGUGAAAGCGAGUAUCAUCCCAGCACUGAUUCAGAUCUAUCUAAGAAUGAAUCUUCUCCAGUAUUGUUGAAUGAAUCCUCUGGAGUCACCACAGUAAAAAGAGCACGGAAAGGCCAGGGAGAUAAGCAAAACUGGACUAGAAACCGUCAAAAACUAAAGCGAAUGCGUGGUCGGGAGUAUGCAUCGAUUAAGAGAAGCAAAAAAGGAACUGGGAUAAUGGAAAUAAGAAAAGAAAGAACUUUGAAAGCUCGGUGCCGUUCGGAAAUAUGUGCGAAAAAAUUUGGUAAGCAGUGCAAUGAAAUUACAGAAGAAAAUAGGAAGGAUAUAUUUAAAGCAUUUUGGUUACUGUCAUGGGAAGAAAAAAAAACGUUUGUCGUUGCUAUGGUGUCCCAAAGGCCGGUCGCUUCAAGAACUACUAGUACUAUUUCUCGGCGAGUAAACACAUUAGUCUACACUUUCAAAAUUUCAGGAGAGGUCAAGUUUGUUUGCAAAAAAAUGUUUUUAGGCCGCUGUCUCUUGGUGAGUGGAGCGUGUCCAAAUGGAUUACUGCCAAUCUACAUACAAGCGACAUUGGCUUGGUAAAGAAAAGUGAAACAGUAAAUCGAAAAAGCAAAAGAAAUAUUGCCAAAGUAAAUCAUGUGAACUGUUUUCUACAGAAUUUGCCUAAAAUGCCUUCACACUAUUGCCGACAAAGUACAAGUAGAGAAUAUGUAGACGUUCAGUACAAAACUUGGGCAGAAGUGUACAAAGAUUUUGAAAAAUAUUUGAAAGAUAGCAACAUUAGUGAGGCUGAAAAGGCAAAGUACAAAUGCUUUUUAGACGCUGUACACAAAGCCAAUAUUAGUAUAUACAAGCCCAAGAAAAACCAAUGUGAUAUCUGUUUUGCGUACAAAAAUAAAAAUGUGCCAGAAUUUGAAUAUCAGGAUUCAUAUAAAAAAUAAGGAGCGUGCUAGGAAAGAGAAAUCCGAAGACAAGGAACUUUGUUGUAAAGGUGAUAUCCAAAUGUUCACGGUAGAUUUGCAAGCAGUGCAAACAAUUCCUCUACUUUCAACUGGAGCAAACUACUUCAAAACAAAACUGUGUGUGCACCAAUUCACAAUUUAUAACGAAUUUGACAAAAAUGUUAAUUGCUAUGUCUGGCAUGAAGCCGAAGGUGGCAUGGACUCUAAUGUGUUUACUUCUUGUUUGUUGGACUUUUUAGAGAAAUUGGAAGACAAAUCAAAACCGAUAAUAAUUUACAGUGACGGGUGCUGUGCACAAAAUCGAAACGUGACACUUUCAAAUGCCUUGCAACAGUAUGCUAUAACUCACCAUGCAGAAAUUCAACAAAAAUACCUGGUAGUUGGCCACACUCAAAUGGAGUGCGAUUCUGUACAUGCCUCCAUAGAACGGAAGAAGAAAGGAAGAGAACUCUACGUGCCAGCUGAUUUUAACACGGUUAUAAACCAAUCCAGAUUGUCGCAACCUUAUCGCGUUAAUUACUUAAAACACACGUUUUUCCGCGAUUUUUCUCAAAUAAAUUACUUGAAGUCAAUUCGACCAGGCACAAAGAAGGGCGACCCAUGUGUUGUUGAUUUACGAGCUCUUAAAUAUACCUUAAAUGACGGAGUUCAAUAUAAAUUAUGUUUUGAUGAAGAGUGGAAUAUAUUACCUCAUUAUAAAUUGCGACCACAAGUGCAGCACAAUGAUGAUUUAGUAAUACCGGGUCUCUACAAUCAGCCACUACCGAUUUCUAAAAGAAAGUAUGAAGAUUUACAGGACUUAAAACGUAUGAUUCCAGCAGACUAUCAUUCAUUUUAUGACAAUUUGCCAACCCAAUGA